AUGUCUCGCAUCCAGAUUCCUCUCGACGUUAUAACGUCCCGCCUCAACUUCGGCGAUCGCUUUCAGGGCCUUCGAUCUGGCCCCCUCAGCGGACGCUUCUCCAACUUGCGACCCGUCGGCGAGUUUCUCGACUUCAAGCGUCUCUCCAAGCCUGCCAACUUUGUCGAGAUGCAGUCGCGCGUCAACUACAACUUGAGCCACUAUUCCAGCAACUAUGCUGUUAUCUUCGUUAUGCUGAGCAUUUACGCCUUGCUCACAAACUGGUUGCUGCUCUUCGACAUCAUCCUUGUAGUUGUCGGCAUGUGGUUCAUUGGCAAGCUCGAUGGCCACGAUCUCGAGAUUGGCACUUUCCGUGCUUCUUGUUCGCAGCUUUAUACUGCACUCGUUUGCGUCGCCGUUCCUCUGGGUCUGAUUGCUUCACCUUUCACUACCCUGCUCUGGCUCAUUGGCGCAUCUGGCGUGACCAUCCUCGGUCACGCUGCAUUUUUGGACAAGCCCAUCGAUGAGGCUUUUUCCGGGGAGGCGGUCUAG